AGGUUGCAUUGGGAAAUUUGAAGUCUGCUUGGGCAUGGAAGCCCUCCGUUAUUAAUUAUGUUGAGACAACGUGGUUGAAUCCACAUAAGACCAAGUUUGCUAAAGCAUGGACCAACAACGUGCUUCAUUUUGGGAACACAACCACAUGUAGGGUGGAGAGUGCACAUGCAGCUCUGAAAGCGUGGCUGCAAACUUCCACUUGUGCCUUGGAUACGCUCUUCGCACGUGUUAAUUUGUUCAUAGAUAGCCAGAUGAUCAAGAUCAGGGAUAGCUUAGAGAAAUCUAGGUGCAGAAUUGGAAGACAACAUAUGAUAGAUCCUUUUCGUCAUUUGGUUGGUCAUGUCUCCCAUUACUGUCUCAAUAUGCUGAAAAUGGAAAACACUAAACGCCUAACCAUGGGUAGGGAAGUGUUUGAUUAUUGUGGUUGUGUGCUUGUGUCUUCUUUUGGUAUCCCAUGUGCAUGUGCCAUACAACUUGCUAUUAACGAAAACGGGGGAUUGUAUCUUGAUGAUAUUCAUCUUUUCUUCAAGAGUUUGGUGAUCGGAGAUGGUGUAAAUGCAUCGGAUUACGCUAGUAAAUGUGAUCAGGAUGUUGAAUAUCUUCAGGGAUUACUUGAUGAACUUUCUGAGUGUGAUCCUGCGAUUAGGAGGGGUAUAGCAGCCCUUAUUCGUCGGCAGUUACACCCAGAGGACGAGGGAGUUGAAGAGCCUCAUGUAGUUACUUCUACGAGAGGUAGGCCUCCUGGUUCAACAUCUACUAGACGUGACCCGAGUGGUUUCGAACAUGCCCAACGCGAAUUCCGGGAUAGAUCAAGGUCUCGUAGUCGUACUCGUACAACUACGACGACCCGAUCUACUAGAGAUGGAGAUUCAAGUGCAGCAAAUCCAUCGACUCGUACUAGUGGAGAUAGAGGUACACAUAUAUGAACUGAUUUGUUAUGUUAUUUAUCAAUUUGAUAUACAAAAAUACUCGUAACUCUUAUUUAUGUAACAGAUUCAAAUGCGACAAGA